AGAAAUAUCAUACAUGAUACAUCCAGCAAUAUGAACCUACACAUCUUCCUUCAAUGAAGAAUCUGUCUCAGAAUUCGCAACACAUAUCCGAAGAAUCAUACAUAAUCAUCUUCUUCAAAGAUCUCUUGCUCGGAUCUUCCAUUAUUUUGUCCUAAAACCCUAUAAAUUUACAUAAACAAUUUGCAUCAUUAAAUUGAUCUGUAUUCUAUCCGAUUUCACAUGUAACGUACAAUGGAAGCUUUCGAAAUUAGGUUUUCCUAUGUGUAACCAGUUACACUCAUUCCAAUGGUGGUCUGCAAGUGCCGAAAGGCAACUAAAUUGUACUGCUUCGUCCACAAGGUUCCUGUUUGUGGUGGAUGUAUAUGUUUCCAGGAACAUCAAAUUUGUGUGGUUGGAGCAUACUCAGCAUGGGUAGUUGAUGGAGAAUAUGAUUGGCCUACAAAGUGUUGCCAUUGCCAAACUGUGCUCACAGAGAGCAAUGAUCCUCAAACAACACGAUUGGGUUGCUUGCAUAAUAUACAUACAAAUUGCUUAGUUUCACAUAUUAAAAGUCUUCCUCAAGAUACUGCUCCAGAUGGAUUUACUUGUCCAGCAUGUUCAACUCCAAUAUGGCCUCCUAAAAAUGUAAAAAACUCAGGCUCUCGCCUGCAUUCACAGUUGAAGGAAGCAAUCAUGCAGAGUGGAAAUGAGAAGAGCUUGUUUGGAAAUCAUCCAAUUUCAUCACCACCCAAACAUUCUCAUGGACCACCUCCUGCUUUUGACUAUGAUCCUUUAAAACCAAAAGUUCCCUCUGGAAACGGUUCUUCAAAACCUUCAAGCAUUAAUGUUGCGGAAAAAGAUGCUCCACAUGAACCCAAUUUCUCAAAAAGCCCAAAUUCUGGUGCUAAAACAAGAAAGACUAGUCCACAAGGUGAAAAGCAAACAUCUGAAUUCUCUUAUUAUGCAGAUGAUGAAGACGUUAAUAAGAAGAAGUAUACAAGAAGAGGUAGUUGUUGUGACAAGUUUCUGAGAUCAUUGGUACCUUUUUGGUCAAGUUCUUUGCCAACUUUACCUGUAACCGCACCUCCUAAAAAAGAGGGAAAUGCAGAUGACACGUCAUCGCGUCACCAUAGACCAUCAAGAAUGGAUCCAAGAAAAAUACUUCUCGUCAUAGCAAUCAUGGCGUGUUUGGCGACAAUGGGUGUUCUGUAUUACAGGAUUGCACAACAUGGUUUGGAGGAUAAGUUGGUUGAUCAGGUAGUGCAACAGUGACAUGUUUUGUUACUUUGAUCGAUGAUUAUCUCAUACUAUUCAG